UGGAAACCCUUCAAAACAACAACAUUCGUUUUCCAGUGUAGAAAACGAAUGAUAUCUACGGGUUUCCAAAUACUUUAUCAAAGUAAGUUUUGAUAUACGAAGAGAAACACGAUGGACGAGAGGCCUUCAUCAAACCUAAGCUUGAGAGCAUCUGAAAUCGUGAAAAAUGUAGUGGAGAACGCACGCGGUGCCCUCGGCCACCAGCAAGCAGUGGAAGACUCCACCGAAUACGAGUUUAGAAACAUAGAAUGGAUAACUUGCAAGGACUUUACAAUUGAACUGGGGAAAGUGCGAAUCGAGGAGUACAUCCACACAUGGGAGGUGCACACCAGCUGGCUUUUUAGCCUAGUAUUCCUCGAGGAGACGGAUCAUGAGUUUCACAAACAGUACCACUACCGGGCACAAUGGAGCAUCCCCACCCGACGUACCCCGAUCCCCAAGGCUACUGCCAGUGUCUACUUUGUCAUUGUGAUUUCCAAGAUCAAACCUCAGACUUUGCCCGUGGAGGUGUACUUUCUAGUGGAGUCGAACAGGCUGACACACAGGCCAGGGGAAACGAGGUUCAGGGAGAAGUGGUUGAAAGACGUCAUCGAGAGCAAAACGUUGCUCCAGAAUACUGUCGACUUUUAGCAAUAUAAACAUUGGAAUGGACAGCUAAACGUUUCUGUGGCGAAUAUUCAUCUCUUAUGAGACACCUAACGUUACCUAGCGAGUACAUUUCCAGGCCAACGGGGAACACACGAGUCAUUACAUGGGCUUGUAUCAAUAAAGGGGCCACUGCCUUCACUGUGAAGAGUUGGAAAAAAACAUGGCUGUAUAUCAGUGAAGCUGUGUUUUACAACAACUCGGUCGUUUUUUUGCUAACUAGCGAUACAACACAGCAGCUAGUACCUAACGUUAAUUUAUUUUACGCUGGGUUAGCUAACUGGCAAAGCAGCAUCAGCUAGCUAAUCAUCAUUGAGUUUACGACAGCCCAUUUCAAAAGGUGUUUUGUAGAUUAUGAUAAAAACCUAGACAAAUGUAACAUUUCAUCCAAGGAAAUUACCUGAAUAGUCAGCGUUUUAUUGACAGAUAUGCUCGCUAAGGAAAACAGGAAAUGGGUAAAUAUACAAUAGAUCACGUUACGGUGCUCUGCUUCUCGAUUGGCUGUUUCAUAGGCACGUCAACCGCUAACCACCAACCACGAGAGGGCAUGCAUUGACUGCUCUGUAACACUAGAGGGCAGCAUUUUAUGUGAGAUAAUCCUCCCUGUGUGAAUCAUUACGUUUCAUUGUGGAACAGCUACAGUAUUUAAUUGAAUUUAAAUAGGAUAAAAAUCAUUCCGCAUGACUCAUUUGUAUUACUUAUGUUUGGCACAAAUGUUUAUUUCACCAAUUAGAGUAUGAACUAAUGAUUUGAUCAAAUCUAGAUGGAGUGUGCAUUCGAUUGUAAUCAACAACAUUCCAGCAUCAUGGAGAGCGACAUAGCCACAUACAGCCCACUACCGAAAGUAGCUAAUUGUUUAUCUAUAACAUUAUUAUUUCUGUUGUUAACCCAAUCACAAGAGGAGGAUUGUACAAUUGAUAAAAUACAAUAUCAACAUGUGAUGCAAAUUAAAUAUGGAUGAUUUAAGAGAUCAUUCACUGAUCAUCCCAUUGAGGAUGUAUCUAUCUCUA